AUAAAAUGAAGGCACAUCCCCACGACGGCGUUAUGUGGUGUGUGAAGCAAACAUUAAUACUCUUAUAUAGCAUGAACAUGACCUAGAAUUGAUAAAACAAUAGCAUUCAGACUCCAACAAACCCAACCCAACCCAACCCAACCCAACCCCCUCUUCCCUAUAUUCAGUACCAUUAUAUACCCACUACCCCUUCCUUUUUCCCACUGGAAAAAUUAAUUAACCAGUUUAUCUCUAUGUAUGGAUCAUUAUAAUAUGAGUGCUAAACAAAUGUCUUAUGGGGUGCCACUGCCAAUGAACAUAUUCAGAACAGAAACAGGUGGCUACACUGACAUGGAAAAGAGGCAGCUUUUCUUGAGAAGCUACCAAUUCAGCAGGAAGAAGAGUGCGAGUGAAAGGAUAAAGAAAUCUUUCUUUAGAGUGAAAAGGGUGAUAUGGGUAAAGCUCAGAUCAGCAACUAAGAUCAGGAAAUUGGUUUGGUUAAGGUUCAAGUAUGGUAUCUUUGGUUAUAGAAGAAGAAGGAGGACAUUCUUUCGUCGUCUUCAAAAUUCAAGUUACUAUAAUAAUACUAGUGGAUGGUCAUCUUCUUCUUCUUGUUUCUGGUAGGAUAUAUAAUGAACUACUUUUGUUAAAUUAAUUAAGUACUAUUUUUUUUUUUUUAAGUAUUCUUUGGGAUGGAGAGCAUUGGAGCAAUGGUGAAGUUAUCUUUGUGUGAGCUAUUAUAGUUCAUGGGUUCGAGCUGUAGACAACCUCGAACUCUGCUAACACGGGAUACUUUUUUUGCGUUCGGGCUGUCCUUUUUAUUUAUUUUUGGGCUUAUUUAGGAUUUUAUUAUGUAAUGGAUUGUGGUUUAUCUUUAGUACUGGAGGAGGGGAAGAAAAGCUAGUAUGAACAUGAUCAGAAUUUGCCUAAAUCUUGAAUUUCUUUGCUGAAUUGAUUUUUCUCCUGUUACUUUU